AUGAAGUCGAGGAUACCCAAGUCCAAGUCUGAGAAACGAAGGAACCGACAAUUUACCGAAAGCCCAACGCCAUCAACGGGCCCAGAGAUACAGGACGACCGCGCUGCUCGCAUACAGUCAUCGCUACAAGCUCUUGGUGCGCCACAUCUGAGCCAGGAAGAGUUUUCGAGCGUCUUUACUGGGCCGUUCGCCGAUAUUCUUCUGUUUAUCAACGAGCACAUGAAGGGAAGGCAAGGGGUUGCUCGUUUAAGGGGGCAGAUCCACAGUAUGCGGGAAGAACGGAAGAAGUCAAACAUCAGACGCCCGGACGACGCGCUGCGUUCUGUAGCGGAUAAGGCGGCGUCUGUGCUCUCUGCUGCUCGGAAGACGACAGAGAGGAAGAGAAAGAUUUUAAUGAUGUUGCAAGUUUUGGAGAAGCGGGAGUCCUUGAGGGUCAAAAGGUUUGAAGAGCUGGGAAGGCUGCUCGUCGAUCUGAGGACAGCUAUGCAGGACUCUAAGUCGCCUGUGCGGCAAACGGCAAACCUGCCAACUACAAAUGCUCCACUUUCUGAUGGUUUCCGCCUUAAUAUUACUCGCACACGGACAAGCCAUACCAGGGAGACCCUUGCAAACUGGCAGGCGUAUCACAUCCGACUUUCACGGUUAAUUCAAGACCGGAACAACCGUCAAGCAGAGACAGAACUUGUUCAUCGGCUGAAGGAAGCCGUUUCAAAACGCCAGCCAGGAUCCGAUGCCGAUGCUACGAUAGAGGACCUAGGUGCAGUGGCUCGUACACGAGCAAAGCGGAAGACGCGUUAUCGAAGCCAGUUGGCUAGUCAGCCAGUGAUAACGAAGACAGACCUCCAAUAUAUAGAAGAGGGAAAUAAAGCGAAAGUGCAACAGAUUCAACUGCAACUGGAUAAAUCUAACGCCCUGACCUUUGUCUCGGAGCACCAUAUUCGUGUUAUUUCCACUUUCAUGGAAACUACGUCACAUAUUAUCAGGUCUUCACUCGAGGAGAAGGGUGCGAAGAAGGACGGACUCGUCGACCAACUGAUGGGCUUGAUUUGUGCACUUCCCGCUGCAGAGGAUGAUCACUGUGAACAGUUUGCGCUCUCCGUAAGGGAAACCGUUGGCAUGCGGGGAAACUUUAGGUUGAAAGGCUCAUCAGAAAAUGUGAGUUUUCCGUCUUGCAAUUACGUUGCGAAGGCUGAAAUGGCAGAUGAAGAUAGUUAUCACGCCGAUGCGAAGAAAUCGCAGGAGAGGGCCUCUAAGCUUCUGACUAGGAAGGUGGAAAAGGCAGAGAUGGGUCUCUCAUUAGUACAGGAUAUUGAGGACCUCAUGCGAGAGACAAGGACGAUUCUGAUUCCCCCAGUUUAUAACCUCUACAACGCAAAUCCAAUUCAAAGGCUGCCAUCAUUGGCUCGUCAUCGUUCGCUGAGGAUGAACACAAUUCUGGUGGAAUAUGUGGAGGCCUACACGUCGCUUCUCCGAUCGAAUUUGACACACCUGUCCCAGAAGGGCCGUCCGAUGGAUCACAACGUCGAAAAGUCGCUGAGUGAUCAGCUCGACAAAUUUGUGGAGCUGUUCAAAAUUCUGCAGAAAUUUUUUUCUAUGGCUCGGUCAGCUGGAAGCUACAUCUUGCCUCCUGGAGGUGAUCUUUCUGCUGCUUUUAAGCGAUUAUAUGUGUUACAGCCGUUUGCAUAA